UUGCACACUAACUAGCAUUGCUUGGCACGACUUUGCAGGUUCACCAUUGCGUUGAACCAGCACCACCACCACCACCACCACCCGCCAAACCUCCACUGCCGCCCGCCGCCACCACCAACACCACCACACCACCGCCAUGUCCUCACCGUCAUCCAGCUGCGAGGACAUCCUCGCGCCCGUCCCGCGCCCAUUCCACAUCUACUACGACGACGACAUCGAGAAGGGCUUACCCCCCUUCGAGCCCCGCAUCGAGCGCAUCCUCACCCCACUGGGCCACCCCGCAGACUUUUCCCAGCCCGGCGUCCCGCGCCAGCAUCGGGUAUACGGCAAUCCCACACCGCUCGGACUAUUGUCGUUCGGAUACGGCUUUUUCCUCCUCUCAGCGUUCACGUUGCGAGCCCAAGGGGUGCACUCUGUAAAUGUGGCAGUUCCUGCACUUGUCCUCUUUGGCGGCAUUUCACAGACCUUGUGCGGCUGGUGGGAGAUGUCCCUCGGUAACACGUACAUGGCGACCAUCUUCGGCUCGCAUGGCGCUUUUAGCCUGUCCUACGGGGCGAUGUACCUCCCAGCGUUUGGUGUCGUGUCCGCGUACACGCUCCCCGACGGCACCCUCGGCUCCGAGUUCAGCGAGGCCCUCGGGCUCUACUUUGUCGGCUGGGCGAUGGUGUCGGUCCUCUUCGUCAUGGGCAGCCUGCGCUCGUCGGUCGCGAUGAUGGCCGUGCUCACUGCGACUGCGCUGUCGUUCCUCACCCUGGCGGUGUACCACCUCACCGAAUCCAACGGCGCGCGGAUAGCCGGUGGCGUGUUCAGCGCGCUCACGACGGCUGCCGCGUGGUGGACCGCCAUGGCGGGAUACUGGCACGAGGACAACACUAGCCCGUGGGUGCGCGUCAGCGCAGGCGACAUGUGGCGAUAGCGACCUGCAUACGGCGCUAGAGAACCAAGAGAAGCAGCAACACAACAAUGUCUCAACGAUGUACACUACUGUAUGAACUCUCGCAUGGAAUGGAACA